CCCUGCAUCCUUCGGAGGAUUGGUUAUUUAGUCUUAAUGAGGAAAGCCAUUGGAAAUCUGUGAAAAAAGGAAAAGAAUAUUCAUUUAUUUUUAAAACAUGACACCCACAACCAGGACAAGGAAAUAUGGGCUACUUGCAUUUACUUAAAUAUGCCAGGUUUCAUUGCUUUAUGAGCUUAUAAUUGCGCACCUUUAAUCCCUAAUCAUCAGCAGAUUCAAAAUUGGUUCUCUUUUCUUUUCUGGGCAGCUGUUUUAUUGUCUGGAAUAGACUUAAGUGAAAGAAGGCGAAGUCACAGCCUUCCCUGACGAGGAGGAGGAUUACAGGAAAGUCUCUGAGCCACAAUUUAUCACACAUCGUCCAGCCCCCGGACGCACUCCAGUCUCUGCUGAGCGCAUCGCGGUUCACAAAAUGGAAAAUAAAAUAAACGGAAGGAUGAGCAGCAUCAGUACUUCGAUCGCCGAUUCCACCGAUACAAGAGUAAGCGACUUCAUUGGAACUGGAUACAGUAAUACUAAAUUAUCGAAUGAGUCACAGUCUCUAACUUGCAUGUCCUCCGUGCGUAAUUUUGGGAAUGCCGGCAGACUGAUCCUGGGUCUAAAUUCUAGCGGCGACGGCGCAGUUUUCAAAGACUGUAACGUACUCGAUGGUUCACUUGUUGCAAAACAGUUUUAUGAUCGUAGCAAUGAAUAUCUGAAGUGUAACAGUGUGCCGUGGGAAGAUUUUGCAAAUGUUCAGGGGACGGAUUUGGCCACAUCCGAAAGUUUGCCUGGCGCAACUUUAAGCCUCUCCUCGACACCUGUAGCGUGUAAGUUCAUCAAAGAUGAGAUGGAGCCUUCUGUGAUUAUGGACAACCCCUGUCCCAACUUUGAUGCAACAUCGGAGAUACCUGCUCUUGACUCCUGCUGUGACACCGACAAGAAGCAGCACCUGGGACUUAGUGACGGGGAGUCGCCAAAUUUCACGCCGGCGGGUCCUCGACCGGGGUUGGAGGGAUCUCCAAACUUUCUGAUCGACCUGAACCAACCGGAGCAGCUACCGGCGCUGAGCCAGGUGAGGACUGACUCCAUGUGUGGUUCGUCCGGGAAGGGUGUCAUCAACUUUGAUGCCAAUAGGCACACAGCCCCGCAACUGACGAUGUACAAGAACGAGGUCUCCCGUUGGCAGAUGCAGACGUCUCCAGCUGAGCCUCAGUACUUGUCUGCAGGGCUGUCCGAAGACCCGUUCACACACAGCGGCUAUGAUGGGAUCCAAAACCAGGGCCUGUCUCAGAGGAACCCAUCACCUUUCUCCGCAUUCGCCGGUAUGCCACCUCAGAGAAUGUGUGUGAUUUGUGGUGACGAGGCAUCUGGUUGCCACUAUGGAGUCUUAACCUGUGGGAGCUGCAAAGUCUUUUUUAAAAGAGCAGUUGAAGGCCAUCAUAGCUAUCUCUGUGCUGGGCGAAAUGACUGCAUUGUGGACAAAAUUCGGAGGAAAAAUUGCCCGGCCUGUCGCCUCCGAAAGUGCUAUCAGGCAGGAAUGAUGCUCGGAGGCAGGAAGCUGAAGCGUUUUGGGGCCUUAAAAGCCUUGGGUUUGGCCCCGUCCCUGAUGUUCCAGUCUCACAUGGCCAUGUCCAGUGACAAUCAGACCUUGUCUUGCAUACCAGGCAUCCGUGAGGUGCAACUCUCCCAGCAGAUCAUCUGUAUCCUGGAAAACAUCGAACCAGAGGUCGUUUACUCGGGUUUUGACAACACCCAGCCUGAUGUUACCCAUCUUCUGCUCAACAGUCUCAACAGGCUGUGUGAAAAACAGCUGCUGUGGAUCGUUAAGUGGUCCAAGUCUCUGCCAGGGUUUCGUAAUCUUCACAUCACGGACCAGAUGACCCUCAUCCAGUACUCGUGGAUGAACCUGAUGGUGUUCGCUCUCGGGUGGCGCUCCUUUCAGAAUGUCACCAGUGAAUAUUUAUAUUUCGCACCUGAUCUGGUUCUCAGUCAGGAACAAAUGAGGAGAUCUCCAAUUUAUGACCUCUGCCUGGCAAUACAGUUCAUCCCUCAGGAAUUUUCCAAUCUGCAGGUCACCCGCGAGGAGUUUCUCUGCAUGAAGGCCAUAAUAUUACUCAACACAGUGCCUCUUGAGGGACUGAAAAGUCAGGGAGUAUUUGAAGAGAUGAGACAAAACUACAUUCGGGAGCUGACCAAGGCAAUCCACAUGAGGGAGAAGGGCUUGGUGGCCUGCUCACAGCGAUUCUACCACCUCACCAAACUGAUGGACGCCAUGCAUGAUAUAGUGAAGAAGGUCAAUCUGUUCUGUCUGAGCACCUUCCUCCAAGCAGAUGCCAUGAAAGUGGAGUUUCCAGAGAUGAUGUCAGAGGUUAUUGCCUCUCAGCUUCCCAAGGUCCUGGCAGGCAUGGUGAGGCCUCUCUUAUUUCACACCAAGUGAGGAUGUCAGCACAGACAUCACAACUCUGCAGAGACAUCUUGUGACUGGAUGACUGACCCUUCAAUUACUGGAUUUUUCAUAGCCUUCGCUUGGGUAGUCAGGCAUCUAUACUUUGCCAAAUUGCAUCUAAUGGUCUUUAGCCCUUUUACUUCAUGAGGUGAAGCAGAAUGAACAUGUUCCUUAAAAUAUAUGUUUUUUAGUACACAAA